AUGGGCCUGAUCUGGCUGCUGCUGCUCAGCCUGCUGGAGCCCGGCUGGCCCGCGGCGGACCCCGGCGCGCGGCUGCGGCGCGAUGCGGGCGGCCGCGGCGGCGUCUACGAGCACCUUGGCGGGGCGCCCCGGCGCCGGAAGCUCUACUGCGCCACCAAGUACCACCUGCAGCUGCACCCGAGCGGCCGCGUCAACGGCAGCCUGGAGAACAGCGCCUACAGUAUCCUGGAGAUAACGGCGGUGGAGGUGGGCAUCGUGGCCAUCAAGGGGCUCUUCUCGGGGCGGUACCUGGCCAUGAACAAGAGGGGACGGCUCUACGCCUCGGAACACUACAGCGCCGAGUGCGAGUUCGUGGAGCGGAUUCACGAGCUGGGCUACAACACCUACGCGUCCCGGCUGUACCGCUCGGCGCCCGGCGGGCAGGGCGCGCGGCGGCAGCCCGGCGCCGAGAGACCCUGGUACGUGUCCGUGAACGGCAAGGGCCGGCCCCGCCGGGGCUUCCGGACCCGCCGCACGCAGAAGUCCUCGCUCUUCCUGCCGCGCGUGCUGGACCACAGGGACCACGAGAUGGUGCGGCUGCUGCACCGCGGCGCCGCCCGCGUCCUGGCCAGGGGGCUGCAGCCCCGACCCCGGCGGCGGCGGGGGAGGCAGAGCCGCGGACGCCGGCCGGCGCGGGGGCCCGUGCGCGGUCAGGCCCCGCCGCUGGGCAGGGCAGGAGCGGCCGGGGCGCCGCCCUCGGAGACGCCGCUGCUGCGCUGCCGGCGCUCGGCCCCGGCCGCCUCCCCGUGCCCCUGA